AUGGCAGAUACAUUUGGCAUUACGAAAGAUCCAAACGGAACUUUUAUAUUUGUAAUGAGAUUUUAUGAGAAUGGUGAUUUGAAUCAGUAUAUUGAAAAUAACCAAGAUAUUAACUGGAAGUAUAAAAUUGAUUUAUUAUGGGGAAUUACUACUGGCUUGGAAAAUAUUCAUCGAUCUGGUCUCUAUCAUGGAAACUUACAUGAACCAACUGAAAUCAAUGAGGAAUUUAAUGACGCCGAGGAAAGAAGAUGUGAGGCUUUUCAAACACAGAAAAACACACCACAAGAAGUUCAUAAAGAUGCGGUUUACAUAAGUCGAUUUUUAACUUUCAACAACUCAAAGAAAAAUAUGAUGCCAAUACAUGUACUGCAUAAGGAUGCACUUCACACAAAUUAA